GGAGACGGGCGGUGUCACAGCCAACACCUUCCGGGCUUCUCUCUCGCAGGUUGCUGGGAAGAAAAGUGGCCGUCCAAAUCAUUGAGUUUCUCCCGGCGGCAGAGCCACCGCGAGGGCCCGCCGGCGGCGGCGGGGGUAAAGGUUACAUACAUUGGCGCUUGGCAGAAGAUGUUUAUGUAAUUUCUGUGUCAAGAUUGAAGACUUGCUUUAGCAAUGAAGAAAGAGACUGAGUUCAUCACUUUCACCUAAAGAAAAAUGAUAGACAGAAAUCAGACCUGUGCUGCAGGACAGGAUUCUCUGCCCUAUAUGACUUGUCUGGUUCACAUGCUUGAAGAGUGGCUUGAUGUGGAGCAGCUGGAGGACUACUUGAAUUUUGUAAACUAUCUCUUGUGGGUUUUUACGCCACUAAUACUUGUAAUACUUCCUUAUUUUACUAUCUUUCUUCUCUACCUUACCAUUCUUUUCUUACACAUUUACAAGAGGAAAAAUGUGUUAAAGGAAGCCUACUCUCAUAAUCUGUGGGAUGGUGCCAGGAAAACAGUGGCCACAGUGUGGGAUGGACACGCAGCGGUGUGGCACGGUUACGAAGUGCACGGAAUGGAAAAAAUACCAGCAGAAGGGCCAGCACUGAUCAUUUUUUACCACGGAGCUAUUCCCAUUGACUUCUACUACUUCAUGGCUAAAAUCUUUAUCCUCAAAGGCAGAACGUGCCGAGUGGUAGCUGAUCACUUCGUCUUUAAAAUUCCAGGGUUUAGUUUAUUACUUGACGUAUUUUGUGCUCUACACGGACCAAGAGAAAAAUGUGUUGAAAUUCUGAGGAGCGGCCACUUGCUGGCCAUUUCCCCAGGUGGAGUUCGGGAAGCCCUGCUGAGUGACGAAACCUACAAUAUCGUGUGGGGUAACCGCAAGGGCUUUGCUCAGGUUGCAAUUGAUGCAAAAGCGAUGAGGAGACUCAGGCACAGAGAGAUGGAGGGCUGGAAGGGAUCUGGUCCCAGCAAGUCAGCAGCACAGCAGAGCGCACAGUUCAGGCCUCCUGCGCUUCACAGUGAGUCUGCUGGCGCCGAGGCUGAGGGCCUGCUAGUCUCGCCAGGGAACUCUGGCAGUGGUGCACGGAUGCAGCUGUAAAUGACGAAAGAGACCCAGCUGGGAAAUCCUUUCACUGCUCUUGCAGCAGUAGCACAAGUCAUGAACAGAAAUUUAGGACAUCAUUACAGGAUUAACUGCAGUUAAAUUGUGACAGCUGGGCUUGAGGGUGUAACUUGGUGGGAUGAUGCUUGCCUCAGGUAUUAGGCCCCGUGUUCAAUCCCCAGCACUGCAGUCAGCCAGUGAAUAAAUAAAAAGUGACGUACCAACAUAAAUUAAGAAGGAAAAAUCCAGAUUGUGAGUGCAGUUCACAGAAUAUUGGUAGAAAGUACGUAAGGUUCAUUUGAAAGUAACUAGACUUUUUUCAUAUGUAGUAUAAAUCACUCUUAUUUUGUAAAUUGUUGAGCAUUAAGGGCUUUGAAAAAAUUUUUAGGUAAUUUAAUAUUUAAAUAAAUUGGGGAAAAAUUAUCUGCGUAAUUGGAAAAUAAAUAACAAGAAUAAAAGAAAAUAACAUUUUUUUCAAUAAGUUGUUGAUCCGAAUUAUCCCAAUCCAUAGAAACUCAUUGAACUGAGGACACAUUAUAUAUCUGAAAGAAGACUUAGAUGUAUCAGAAUUUGACCAGUGAUUCUCAUUUUUAUUAGGAGAAGCAAGACCCUCGGCCUAUGUUAAACUGAUUGCUCAAGACAGUUUUAAAAAUACAUUCUGUCUUCCACACCCAGACACACACAUACAUAAACCUAUUUCUAGGUCAAAAAUGGCAUCGUAGGUCACUUACACAACUAUUUUUGUAUAUAGUGUGUGGAAGUAAAGGUGUAAGUGGCUGUUUACCCAGCCGGACUCCAGAAGGCUGAUAGUUCCGGCUAGAGGCGAGCUUGAAUGGAAAUUCAGCACCCACAGACCCACACUGGAGCCUGGCAGGGUGCACUCCCUCCUGUUCUGGAAGGACGUGUGUAGGCAUGUUGUUGAGUCUGAAGUACCUGGAGAAGUGGGAUUGUGCCAGGCACACACAGAAGUCCAGCAGGACUGUCCAGGGAGGUAAACAGUGGCCCUGUGAGCUGAGUGUUUUCUGUUCUUUCUUGGGCAGUGUAAAUUCUUGACUGUAAGAUGUUUUAUAGCUAUUUAAAGUAUUAGGAUUCCACCAUCUUUUUUUUUUUCAAAACUUGUGAUUUCCUACUUUUUUCUUUUACAGAAGAAUUCAGUGUACUAUAUACUUUAUUUGUUAGCCCUGUGAAUUAGCUCCAUAAAAUUUUAAAUUUUUAAAAAAUUUUUAAUCUUUUUUAUUUUAGUUUUUAUUUUUUGAGACAGAGCCUUACUAUACAGUUUGUGCUGGCCUUGAGCUCAUUUUGUAGCCUAAGAGUUGGUCUCGAACUCACAAGGAUCCUGCUGCCUCAGCUUCCUGAGUGUGAGGAUUACAGACGUGUGCCACCACGCCUGGCAGAGUUUUGAAUUCUUGACCUAACUGCUUUCCUUUCCCGGCUUCUCUACUUCUUACCCAAUGUUGAGAUCAUUCUGGCUAUCUCUUUGUUUUCAGAGAAUGCCGAUCAAUUCAUUAGAGACCUUACCUCUGUUCUGUUUUUCAUUCCUUAGCUCACUUACUGCCUUCAGUUUGAACUCCUCAUAAAUUCCAGAUACAGUGUCUUAGGUGUUGGGGUUACAGCAGCGACCAGAACAGAGUCCUCUCAGUGCCUUAGCUGUCUUCCUUCCUGCCCAGAAGAAGAGAUGCAGGAAGAGAUUAGUUAGUUCUACUGGGGCCUUAAGCUUUGUGAAGAAAUCUGUACUUGUGUGUUCUUUCUUUUGGUCUGUGAAUAGCAGUCUUAAAAUGUUGCUUUAUUUAAAUAUGUCUGAAACCUGCUCUGUGCUAGGCAUGUGCAACCCUGUGUAAGUAGCACAGGACUUGCCCCAUACACACAGCUUUAUUUAUUCUAAAACAUUUAAUUUACUGUAUUUGUGUAUAUAUUAAAGUGUUUAAUCUACUUUCAUAUUUUUACUGGCAUAACCUCCCUGUAUGAUACUUCAUGAUAUUUCAUUAUUUUAUGGUGUUUAGUUUAUGCUUUCAUUUAAAAUCACACUUACCAUUAAUAUUCCUGAUGAAAAAAUGAAGCAUCAUGACCUUGGGAGUAGAAGUCCUCUGAAAGUAAUGGUAUAAAAGAAUUCUUAAAUAUGUAUUUUUCUUUUUUUCUUAGUAGUGAGUCUUAUACGUGCAUGAAUGAAUGUUGAGCAUUUUACAUUUAUAAGGCUUACAAGAAUGCUGUUUUACUAGUUCCAUGAAUUAUAUGACAGCAUCUUGCAAAAACUGUCAUUUAAGUAUAUGUAACUUCCCCCUUCGAGAGACUGUGCACCUUGUAGGUUUUCUUUAGUGAGCAUACUGUUCAGUGGCCCACUAAAGCCAAGGAAAUUAUACUGUAAUCUGUAUUUUGAGUUUUAAGGGUUUAUGUAGGAUACUAGCAAACUUAGUAAAUGAAAUAUUAUAUAUUACCACUGGGGGUUAGUGUUUUUAUUUUUAUAAUUUAUAUUUUUACAAAUGAUUAAGUUGAAUUUAGUUUGGUAAAUCACACUACUUAAGUGUGCCUCUAUUUUUAAAAUCUUAUUUUUAUAAUUUCAAACAGACCUUCAAAAGUUUGCCUUAAUGAUUCAAUAAAAACAUUGAAUAAUUUAUUUACUUUUUUA